AUGCAAUCGGAGGAAGCAGACGAGCGACCCAGGAUCCAAGAUGAUGAGAAGUUCUACUUCGACGAUGGCACUAUCAUCCUGUCCGUGCAAGGUGUCCAUUUCCGGGUGCAUACGGGGAUAAUCGCCAUGCAUUCACCCGUCUUCAAGGACAUGUCAAUUCUUGGCUCCGCGUCCUAUCAAGCAGGCGACAUCGGAGGGAACCUCGACCCAUGUCCCGUCGUCGAAUUGCAGGAUUCCAUCCACGACUGGCGUCAUGUUCUGCGCGUCAUCUAUAACAUGAAACCAUUAAUGAGCUUCGACGAAUUGUCCGCUUACAUCCGUCUUGGCCACAAGUACCAGAUGGACGCCUUUUACAAGCCCGCCAUGAAUUAUCUGGAGCGCUUCUUCUCUCCCACCCUCGACCGCUGGAACAAGUGGAACUCUCGGGACGAACCGUGCGCGCUCCCCGGAUGCGCUCUCGAGAGCGCCAUCGGGAUCGUCAACCUCGCUCGGCUGUGCUGUCAGCUGGGCGGGAAGUUGCUGAAGGGCCUCGCUCGCCCGGACGGGACCUACGAGACGCUGUCUACAGGAGACUUCGAGCGCUGCUUCAACGCCAUACCCAAGCUGACCUCCCGCGGGAUUGAGCAGAUGCAAAUUCUGCUCAUCGGUCGACCGGAAGUGUCAUGCCCGAAUGUACGGAUGGACGACGAUGGUGCGGCUUGCAUGGGGGGGAUAUAUGAUUUACUUGAAGACUUCCAAUACGAUUCUAGUCGGGGCUUGCCUAUUCACCCCACCCCGUUCGUUCAACCCGACAUGGACGUGUUCUGCGAGGAGUGUCGCGACCAGAUCCAGAAUCAGUGCAACGAGCUCAACCAUGAGACGUUGCCCCGACUAGCGUCAUUCUUCGAUCUCUAG